AUGGCCAACACCCAAACAUUGAGGGAACUGGCUGCUCCGGAGCUGACUCACCAGCCCUUAUGCAUCACAUUCCCCGCUUUGGCUGAGAAUACUGCUUUUGAACUGAAGUCGGGAUUGAUUCAACUCUUACCCUCUUUCCAUGGUCUCUCUGGCGAAGAACCCCACAAGCACGUAAAGGAGUUCGAGGUGGUCUGCUCUAGUAUGAAACCUCUUGGGAUCACUGAAGAGCAAAUUAGACUGAGAACCUUCCCGUUCUCUCUCAAAGAUGCAGCUAAAGAUUGGCUGUACUACCUACCAGCAGGUAGUAUUACCACGUGGGCGCAGCUGAAAAAGAAAUUCUUGGAAAAAUUCUUCCCUGCAUCCCGGGCUGCGAGUUUGAGGAAGGAGAUCUGCGGCAUUAAACAAUACCCCGGUGAGUCCUUGUACGAAUACUGGGAAAGGUUUAACAAGUUGUGCACUAGAUGCCCGCAGCAUCAAAUUAGUGAGCAACUGUUAAUCCAAUACUUCUACGAAGGGCUCCAAUCAACCGAUAGGAGUAUCAUCGACGCUGCAAGUGUGGGAGCACUGGCAAACAAGACACCAAGGGAAGCGUGGGAGCUCAUCGAAGCCAUGGCAGAGAACUCCCAGCAAUUUGGCUCCCGUGAGAGCAACCCUCCCCGUAGAGUCAACGAGGUAGAGACUUCAUCCUUACAGCAGCAACUGUCAGAAUUGACGUCAGUUGUUAGGCAAUUAGCCAUGAGAGACGCACCCCGAGCGAAGAUGUGUGGAAUAUGCACUAGCAUGGACCAUUGCACAGACUCGUGCCCCAUUUUGCAAGAGGACGGGGCGGAACAGGUAAACAUGGUCGGAGGCGUGCCUGCGCCCCGCAGGCAGUACGACCCAUACUCCAAUACGUACAAUCCGGGUUGGAGGGACCAUCCCAAUCUCAGUUAUGGGAACAGGCAACAAAAUGCAUUUCCAAAUCGUCCACCAGGAUUCCACCAGCCAUGGCAACCAAAAUCGCAACCUUCGUCCUCCAACUCAGGAAGUUCUCUGGAGGACCUAGUCAAAAACCUGGCCACGACUACUACCAACCUGGCUACGACAACCGCCCAGCUCCAGCAAGAAACAGAGAACCUACCGCCAUGA